UUACCAUUUCAGAAUUCUUCUUACUCAACAUUUGCAACUUCUUGUCGCCCAUACUUGAUGUAAUUGAUGCUUCAACUUCACUUUCUGUCCAAGCUUAUUCAAAUUUUGAGAUAGCCUUCAAUGGAGGAGGAAGCAUCGAAUUCAAAGGGACUCUUGAGCAAAAUUGGUACUCUAAAAUAAGACUUUUUCAAGGAGAGGUCACUUUAGGGGAUGUUCCUUUAUUUCUGAUGUAUUCUUCAAUGUCAAAUGAAGAUUCUCAACUUGCCCUUUCGUUGGAGUUCUUUUCUAGUAGAGAUAAGAGAGAGGUUUUACUUGUCUCCAACAUUGAAGAGCAAUUCUCGACUGAUUUCACUGAAGUGAUUGAGACAUCUCCACUUGCAGUGCCUGAAGGUUCUCCUGAAUGGUUUGUUCAUGUCAGAAGAAUUGAAAUGAGUGGAUACAAACUGACAAAUAUAAAUGUCAUCUGCUACAGAUCAAGACCUCAAACUGGUGUGCCAAAACACAAACCUGGAAUAGUUACAAAAAAUAAUCCACUAGUUUCUGGUUCAUCAACCGAGUACUUUGCAGUGCUCGGCAAUAUCAUUGUUCGAUCUGUUGAGGAACCAAAAUUUCCUCCUUCUAGUUAUUGGCUAGUCCAAACUCCACAUGUCAAAAGGACUACAAGUCCAGAUGGAACAAGGACCCUCGAUGUUCAUAUCACUUGGGAGUUGAAAGAUAACGGUAGUGGUUGGGUAGCAUUUGAAUGCUACAAUAUGUAUGUCAUGGAAAUAGCCACGGAAGACGAAAAUCCCCUUGCCAAGUUGCAAAAUGUUCCAAAGUAUAUUGGGGUGGCACAUGUAAAAGCGUUUUAUGCCUUGAACCUUGCAAUUCCUUCCAGCAUCUCAAGUUUCAAAUUUAUAAUCCAAGUUUGUGGGGUGGAUGGUACUAUUGGGAAAAAAUGUUCCAAAGGAACACCUCUAGUCGUGCGAGUGAUCAUAGAUACACACUGGCCGAGUGAGACCAUACGAACACCCCUAAUCGUGCAAGUGACCCGUAGGAACACCCCUGGUCGUGCGGGUGAUCGUCUCUAUACACUCAUAAACAUGUCUAUGAUACGUAGGUACACCUCUAAUUGUGUGAGUGGUCUCGUCGGAACACCACUAGUUGUGCAAGUGACUUCGUAUCACAGUAUAACUGACCCCUAA